AUGGCUGAGGGCACUCGUUUGAAAAACCUAGAUGAGAGUUUGAAAUCGGUCCAGGAAUCUCAGAUCCAAUUGCAGAAACAAUUGAAUACAUCGCAAUCUCAAAUGCAAUCUGAGGUGGAUGCAAUUGCCUCUUCAUUAGAGGAUACGAAGAAGUUGCUUCACAAGGUCUUAGCCCAAUUUUCCUCUGGUCCUUCCUUCACCAAGCCUCCUGAUUCAGGUUCCCCCACUUCUAUGUUUGGUGAUGGACCGUCGGUCCUCGGGAGACACAAACCGGCUCAUAUCACUCUUCCAAGUUUCUCGGGUUCCAAUCCGGAACGAUGGGUCUCGCAGGCAACCCGUUAUUUCGAUUUCUACGCGAUUCCGGUUGCGGAUCGUCUUACGAUUGCCUCCUUCCACUUAGACGACGCCGCGGCCGACUGGUAUGACUGGAAAUAUCGUAUAUCACCGUUUCGUGGCUGGACGGAAUUUUCCGAUGGGUUGAUUCAGCGAUUUAAGACGAAGAAUCUGGAAUCACCUGAAGGUUUAUUGGCUAAAUUGACUCAAUCUUCUACUGUUGCUGAUUAUCGUCACCAAUUUGAAGAAAUUUCUAAUCGAGAAAUGGUAUUACCUCCUCCUUUUUUGAUUCAGUGUUUUAUCUCGGGUCUUCUUGGUGACAUUAAACAGUCAGUUUUGAUUCACCGGCCGACUACUCUGGAGGAUGCCAUGACCUUGGCCCAAGCCCAUGAGAAUCGGAUCCAAUUGGAACGUGGACUGGGCCGGGUGACUCUGGGCUCUUCUAAGCCCAUUUUAAACGCUCCUAAACCCCUAAAUUCCAUUCCGCCUUCAUCCUCCUCUGUUUCCCUCACACCAAACCCUAAAUCCACCCCACCUUCCGUUGGUUUUCGCCGUCUCACCCCCACUGAAUUAGCCCUUAAACGAUCUCAAGGGCUCUGUUUUCGCUGUGAUGAAAAAUACACCUGGGAUCAUAAAUGCAAAUCCCCUCCUCAACUUUUGUUCUUUGAUGAUGACCCUCCUGAUUCCCGACCCCAUGAUAGUCCCUCUCAUACCGUGUCUGAUGCAGAAAUUGCUGAUCAGAUUCAAGUCGACGAAGUGAAAACUCAUUCUACUAUUUCUUACAACGCCUUGGCCGGUGGUUGCUCCGCAUCCACUCUCCGUUUUACUGGCACGGUCAAGGGAAAACCAGUGCAAGUUUUAUUAGACGGCGGAAGUACCCACUGUUUCGUUCAAACUCGUAUGGCCAAUUUCCUCAAUCUCACCAUUGAACAGAUAACCCCUUUCUCUGUUUUAGUCGGCAGUGGAGAAAAAUUACCGUGUUCCGGCAUUGCUCGACAGGUGAAAUUAACCAUCCAGGAUCACUCGAUCUUAAUUGAUUUUUAUGUGUUGCCAUUACAAGGCUGGGAUAUGGUGUUGGGUGUCUCUUGGUUAUCCACCUUGGGCCCGAUAAUCACGGAUUAUGCUUCCGCUUCUUUUGAAUUUCAGUACAAUGGUAAACAGGUUGUAUGGAAAGGUGAUUCUCCAUUACAAGCCCAACCCAUUCAGUUUAAUGGGCUCCGACGCUUAGCCCACACUGAUAGUAUUGACUCGUUCUUUCAUGUAUCAUUAGCUGUCCCACCAGUCUCCUUUACACCAGAUUACCCACCGGACAUCGUUCAGAUUAUUUCAGAAUUCGCUUCUGUCUUUCAGCCACCUUCCAAAUUACCUCCUGCUCGUUCCCAGGAUCAUGCUAUUUCCCUUAUCCUGAACAGUUCUCCGGUUUCGGUUAGGCCAUACCGUUAUCCCCAUUUUCAAAAAAAUGAAAUUGAACGGUUGGUAGCUGAGAUGUUAUAG